UGGGGGAGGGGUUCCUGGGGCUGUUGAGAGUGGAGGGCGGCGGCGCUGGCGCUGGGCGACCGGCUCCGCUGGCUUUGGGAAACAGUUCGGUGUCCGGCGCACGCUUAUCCUCUCCGCAUCCGCCCUUCCCGGCGACCCCAAGGCCCGGCUCCCCCAGGUCUACCUCCAACCCCCAGCCCGGCUAUGUGUCCCUCCGGCCGGGUGUAGCUGUUGCGCGUGCGCGGGACCGGCCGGCCGGGCCAUGAGCGGAGCCGGCGGCGGCGGCGAAGGCGGCGGUCCGGGCUGCGGGUCCCCUGCCGCCUGGCGGGCGGGAUGGAGCCUGGUGGCUACGGCCGCCCUGUGCCUGGUCUCCUCCGCCUCCGUGCUGGCGGCCGGAGCCGCACCCAUGAGUAAGGAGGAGAAGCAGAGGCUCGGGAAUCAAGUGCUGGAAAUGUUUGAUCAUGCUUAUGGUAAUUAUAUGGAACAUGCUUACCCAGCUGAUGAACUCAUGCCCUUAACUUGCCGGGGUCGUGUUAGAGGUCAGGAGCCAAGUCGGGGUGAUGUUGAUGAUGCAUUAGGAAAAUUUUCCCUGACACUGAUUGAUACUUUGGACACUCUUGUGGUAUUAAAUAAAACUAAAGAAUUUGAAGAAGCUGUGAGAAAAGUUGUAAGAGAUGUUAAUUUGGAUAAUGAUAUAGUUGUAUCAGUUUUUGAAACUAACAUCAGAGUCCUUGGGGGUCUCUUAGGUGGACACUCAGUGGCUAUCAUGCUGAAGGAGAAAGGCGAACACAUGCAGUGGUACAAUAAUGAACUUCUCCAAAUGGCUAAGCAAUUGGGUUAUAAGCUUUUACCUGCUUUCAAUACCACAAGUGGCCUUCCUUAUCCAAGAAUUAACUUAAAAUUUGGCAUGAGAAAACCAGAAGCUAGAACGGGAACAGAAACGGAUACCUGUACUGCGUGUGCAGGUACCUUGAUUCUUGAGUUUGCUGCUCUAAGUCGAUUCACAGGAACAUCAAUAUUUGAGGAAUAUGCUCGGAAAGCCCUUGACUUUCUUUGGGAAAAAAGACAGCGCAGCAGUAAUUUAGUAGGAGUAACUAUUAAUAUUCAUACCGGAGAUUGGGUACGCAAAGAUAGUGGAGUUGGAGCAGGAAUUGAUUCAUAUUAUGAAUAUCUAUUGAAAGCCUAUGUCUUGCUUGGGGAUGACAGUUUUCUGGAAAGAUUUAACACACACUAUGAUGCCAUAAUGAGGUAUAUCAGUCAGCCCCCUCUUCUGCUUGAUGUGCACAUCCACAAGCCAAUGCUAAAUGCUCGAACUUGGAUGGAUUCUUUGCUUGCCUUCUUUCCAGGUUUGCAGGUUUUAAAAGGAGAUAUUAGACCUGCUAUUGAAACUCAUGAAAUGUUGUAUCAGGUGAUAAAAAAGCACAAUUUUCUUCCAGAAGCUUUUACUACAGAUUUCAGAGUACACUGGGCUCAGCAUCCUUUAAGACCAGAAUUUGCAGAAAGUACCUACUUCUUAUAUAAAGCUACAGGGGAUCCUUACUACCUCGAAGUAGGGAAAACACUUAUUGAAAAUUUAAAUAAAUAUGCUAGAGUGCCUUGUGGGUUUGCUGCCAUGAAAGAUGUUCGUACUGGAAGUCAUGAGGAUAGAAUGGACUCUUUCUUCUUGGCUGAAAUGUUUAAAUAUCUUUAUCUCCUAUUUGCUGAUAAAGAAGAUAUUAUUUUUGAUAUAGAAGAUUACAUUUUUACAACAGAAGCUCAUCUAUUACCUCUUUGGCUCUCUACUACAAAUCAAACAGUCUCUAAGAAAAACACAACUACAGAAUAUACAGAACUAGAUGAUAGUAACUUUGAUUGGACGUGUCCAAAUACUCAAAUUCUCUUCCCAAAUGAUCCAAUGUAUGCCCAGAGCAUUCGUGAACCUUUGAAAAAUGUGGUGGAUAAAAGCUGUCCUCGAGGUGUUGUCCGAGUAGAGGAGAGCUUUGGCAGUGGACCUAAACCCCCACUGAGAGCCAGAGAUUUCAUGGCCAGUAAUCCUGAGCAUUUAGAAAUCUUAAAAAAGAUGGGAGUUAGUUUGAUUCAUCUCAAAGAUGGAAGAGUGCAGUUGGUCCAGCAUGCAAUUCAAGCUGCAAGUUCACUUGAUGCUGAAGAUGGUUUGCGAUUCAUGCAAGAGAUGAUUGAGUUGUCUAGUCAGCAACAAAAAGAACAACAGUUACCACCUCGAGCUGUUCAAAUAGUUUCCCACCCAUUUUUUGGCAGGGUAGUAUUGACUGCAGGGCCAGCACAAUUUGGGAUGGACUUGUCUAAACACAAAUCAGGGACAAGAGGAUUUGUUGCAAGCAGUAAACCAUACAAUGGCUGUUCAGAGAUUACUAAUCCUGAAAUGGUGAUGGGGAAAAUUGCCUUGAUGCAAAGAGGCCAGUGUAUGUUUGCUGAAAAGGCUCGGAACAUCCAAAAAGCUGGAGCUAUUGGUGGCAUUGUUAUUGAUGACAAUGAGGGGAGCAGUAGCGACACUGCCCCUCUUUUCCAGAUGGCUGGUGAUGGAAAGAAUACAGAUGACAUUACAAUCCCCAUGCUGUUCUUAUUCAACAAAGAAGGAAAUAUUAUAUUGGAUGCAAUCAAGGAAUAUGAGGAGGUAGAAGUGCUUCUCUCUGAUAAAGCAAAAGAUCGAGCAACAAUAUUUAAAGGUAAAAUGCUUCCAAACUACAUUUUUGAUAGCAAUCUGGAAGUAGAAAACAUGGAACAAAAGUCUUCUGAAAAUGAUUCUGAGAAUCAAAAAUCUGAAAAGACUACAUCAGGUUCUCAGGACCUUAGUUCAGUCAGUCAGGAGUCUAUAGAAGAAAGUUCUCCUGUUUCUCAACCAGAGUCUGUACCUCCUGCUGACGUGGACAGUGCUAGCAUUUUGUCUUCCAAAGAAGAUUCCUGUCCCACUGAAAACCAUGAGACUGCAAUCCAUGACAGUGAAUGUACAGAAUUAGAUAACCAGCCUCAAGAACAAUCAAAAACUGAGGAGGAAUCUAGCCCUAAUGUUAGCUGGGAUAAUAAAGUCCAGCCUAUGGAAUCCAUAUUAGCAGACUGGAAUGAAGAUAUAGAAGCUUUUGAAAUGAUGGAAAAAGAUGAACUAUGACUCACAAAAAAAAAUCUUCUGGUGGGUAUUUAAAAAGGGAAAAAAAGUGAACUUUGGUUAAGGUAGACCUUAAUGCCUAGGAAGGCUCUCAUGUGGGAGUUGUUAAAUAUGGUGAUCGAGCAACCAGGUUCUGACUGGAUUAUUUAAAAAUCCUAGAAAUCCAGUGCAUGCUAUGUUAGGAUUGGCCUUGUUUAAAACUUUUUCCCAUUAGAAAGAAAUGGGAGCUUGCUGUUUUCCCCUCCACACAUGGCAGCAUUGCAACACAGUGAUAGCAUAUCUCUGAUUUAGAAGUAAUGGGCAUUCCUGGGCAUCGGGUUGACCCAGCCACUAAAAGAGAGAAGCAUGAAUGCAUUUGGUUAAUGUAAUAGCCCUUAUUACCUCCUGGCACUAGUUUUGAGAGGUUGGGUUGCCUUGUAAAGACAAAGGUAGGUAAGUACUGUGAGCAUUCAGGAGUGUGUGCUGCCUUACAAACACCACUACAAUUGGUAAAGUUUGUUACAAAGCAAAUAUGUUUAUAUUAACAUUUUUGCUCAUUAUUUUCAUUUGUUUCUUUCACUGGCAAAAGAACAAGGUAACGUGGGUGUUUCUUCUUGACAUUGCCCUUUUUAUACAAACCAAAGGUGAAGCUAAUCUGCUUUCUCAGUGAAUUUCUCUGUAUGGAAGCCUAUCAGUGGGACCAGGCAAAUAGGUCAUUGUAAUAUGUUAUGGAAAAUGGUCGCUUAGUACUCUUGAAAAAACAGGGCCAAAAAAAUAUAUAUACAAUUUUGCAAUACAAACUUCCUUUUGGGCCUGCCAUGGUAAAAGCUUUUAAAGCUAUAACUACUCAUUAACACUAGAAAUUAGUGUUGUUCUCUGUUGUAGACUAGACCACAAGUCUUUUUUCAGUUCAUUUCUCUUGAAGAUGUUACCUCUAAACAUCAUCAGCCUUAUAAUAUAUCACACUUUUAGUAUGCAAUUUGAGCCAUAAGGCCAGUAUCACCAACAACUGAUUACAUUUUAUUCCAUAUGUCCAGCUUAUUAGAGCCAUGAUAAAACUAUGGUGGUGAUAUAUAAAUCCAGGGAUAACUGGUUUUGUUUUGUUUUAUUUUUUUCCUUUGAGGGCUUUUCCUUUUAAAGUUACAAUUAGGGCUAUUCACAUUUUCUGUUGAAUCAUGUUUUUCUUAUAAGUAUUCUUUUGAAUGGGUACCAGAAAAUUUGUGGUCAUCUAUGAAGAAACUCACACAAUAGCAACUAACGUAUAACUUUUAAGAAAAACUUUAUUUUGUGGCAGUCUAAUAUUAGCCACAUUUAACAAGUGUUUGGUUAAUUAACUUUUGAUUUCUGUAGACGUCUUGUUUAGCAGUAAAUCAUGGCUUAAUUUUAUAAUUCUGUCCAAACAUUUAUGAAUCAAUUUAAAAGUUUAUAAGAAAGGCUUAAAUCUCUUUUUUUUUUCCCCUUAAGCCCUCCGCCUGCCUUUUAUCAUUUGGCAAAAUUACUAUUUUUUCCUUUAUGUACAGUUUUGUGGUACUGGUGAACUUCUAACGGUAUAUGCAGCUAUUAAUCAGAAUAGCUGUCUGGCAUUUGUAGUUAUGUAUAUUCAUGUACAGUAUGACUUAGAUCCCAGAUAAAUGGUGUAUUCUUUUGUAAGGGGGAAGUAAUUGCUUUAAAAAAAAUUCUAGUUAAACAUAAUUAAGGCAGGACUAAAUUAAAUCUAACGAGAGUUCACUUUAGAAAGAAAUUGGUAGCAAACAAGAUCUUCACUGGCCCUUAAUUAAGUCUUACUCCAAAAUAGUCUUUCUGCAUGUGAAAUUUGGUGAAGGUAAAGCUCCAUACUACAGAAUAAAGCCAGACAGAUAAAGUGCUUUGUCAAUCUUGAUUUAAAAAACUGCCAAAACAGCUGAAGCUUAAUAGUACUUGACUUGCCUUGAUGUGAGGGGGCUGGGGCUUGGUGAGGAGGAGCAGAUGGUCUUCCAAACUUGGACUAUGGGAGCCUUAUGUGCACCACUUUGAUUGUUGUAGCUUAGAGCCGUUACUUCCAGAAUCUAAGCUUUCUGAAUUACCAAAACAAAGUAAUUCUUUUUCACCAAGAACCCAGCAUCCCAGGGAAAUCAUCGGUGAGUGAAGACCUGCUUGCUGCCACACUUCCCUCCUUUGGCCAGUAGGGGGACCUCUUUCUUUUCUUUUGGGUCAGAAAGGCACUUGUUCUCUUGUUUUAAGGAUUUGAUUCAUUUUAAAAACAAAUAAAAACCUUGAUAAAUUAGGCCAACUGCUUUAAAAAAUUACAAUUUUUAAAUUUGUCAUUAGGAUAAUAAGGUAGUUUUCACCUAACAUAGCUCAGUUGUGUCAUUGGCUAUAAUUUGCCAGCAUUAGGGUCUUAAACAAUUUAUCAUACUGCCACAAAAUAGUCUUUUAUUUCAUUAAGAAGAAACCCCAGCAGUAUCAAGUAAGGUUUUUGGGUUUUUUUUUUUUUUUUUUUUUUUUUUAACAUACUCGUAUAGAUUAAUUGUUUCCUAUAAAUUUGGGAGACUUAAAAAAAAAAUCCUGAACUUAGAAACAUCUGGUCUACCUCAGUUAAAUGUUGACUGCCUGGAGGUUGAGCUGAAGUGAUCACCAGAGCCAUAAAAAUAGUUUGACCAGGAGGAAUUUGCACUCUGUUUACAAACCUGGAAUCAAGGAUUUUAACCUGAAAAUUAAGUUAGACAUGAAGGAAAAGGGCAGGAAGCAAAAGGGGAUAAUUUAAUUCAGGUAUUUUCACAUUUAAAAAUAUAGAAAGAAAUAACCUACUAGAAAGAAAACUAGAGUCUCAGCCUGCUCAUAACUGUUCUUUGAACCAUUAGCAUCAAUCUUCAGUAAUUUUUCUUUGACACUUCCAAUUAUAAGAGAAUUAUAAUUUAUCAGAUGUGGUUGAAUGGGGUGGGGGGGUUUUGUUGGGUAUAUGUUUUAUAGACUCCCAAGGACAGUAGAGUUCUUUUAUCAGAACCAAUCAUUGUAACAUUUUCCUUAAAUAUUGAAUCAGUUAAAAAUAGAGAGUUUUAAAAUCAUACUCUCUAAUUUAAGUCAGUUCUUAUUCUCUUAAAGAUAUUUAUUGUCUACUUUUAUUUAUCAUUUUGUAACUGUUUUACAAUAAAAUUAACAUUUGUUCUCCUACCAAACCCAAUAUCCAACUCUGCAGAAAGCUCAGCAUUAAUCAAAUGUUGUUCAUAAUUUAGGGGUGGGGGUGGAUAAGAAACCUAGUAAAUAUUCCAAUAGUUUGUUUUAUGCACAAGGCUUCAGUCAGAACAUAGAAAAAAAAAACAUUCUGUGAAUGAAAUAUUGUAUGUUCAGAUUUUAUAAAAGACAUUUUUAAAAGCCCAAUUUACAGCCGUAUAUUUUCUUAUAAAUGUAAUUUAUGAAAAAAGAUGUCUGUACUAACAGGUGCUGUAACACUACUGUUGGAUUUUACUGUUUGGUGAUAAAUGUAUACAAUAUUUCUAAGGAAAACUGUGUACUGUGAUGUAAAAGUCUGGGCAGAAAUGUAUAUAAUCCUUGUAUAUAUAAUUGUGUAUUUGAUUAUAAUUGCUGAUUGUAAAGAUUUAAUAAAAUAUGUAAAUAUUCUAA